UCUGCUUUGUUCCUUUGCAGACAAAUCUACUGGUCGGACUGGGGGUCGACUCCCCGCAUUGAGAAGUCUGACAUGGACGGCACGGAGCGCGAGACGGUUGUUCAGUUUAACUCCACGGCCUGGCCCAAUGGACUCGCCCUGGACGCAGCAGACAAACAGUUGUACUGGGUGGACGCUCACUCAGACCAAGUGAGCGUGAUUGACCUCACCACCGGAGCAAUCCGCGUGCUGGUGGAGCAGCAGGGAGCGCACUUCUUCUCCGUCGACGUCAUUGGCGCCUAUCUCUACAUCACAGACUGGAAGAAAAACUAUCUCCAGCGUAUGAAUAAACAUGGAGGUGCACUCAAGCAGUUCGGAGAAGCCAAGUUCACAAGACUGUAUGGAAUCAAAGGAUUUAACUCCACCGAGGCAUUUAAGGGUAAUUCAUUUGUGAGACAUUGUGGUGAAAUCAGAUGCACGUCUAAAUACCGAAAUUUAAAAAAAACCUCAGCAUUUAUAUAAUCACUAUUUCAACACCUAUGUAAAAGUUAGAUAGCGC